AUGACCUUAACCUCAGCGUCAUCAUCCGCAUCGUCAGCAUCGUCAAACAAAACUGCCAAGGAUCUGGAAUCUACAUCUACAACAACUCAACAACCAAUUAUAUUUGCACCCGACACGUAUCAAUAUACUAAAGGUAGUUUGAAUGAAUCUCAAAUCGCAAGUAAUCCCUUGAAACAGUUUAAUAUCUGGUUUAAAGAGGCUCAAGAUCAACUUCCUAAAGGUUCAGAUACUAUCGUUGAGGCAACUGCUUUCUCCACUGCAAGAUUACCCAGUGGUAGAGUAUCGAGUCGUAUUGUGUUAUUAAAAGAGCUAGACAAGUAUGGUUUCUUGGUUUAUUCCAAUUGGGACUCUUCCAAAAAGGCUCAGGAUUUCAACAGUAACAAGUUUGCCAGUUUGACCUUUUUUUGGCCUCAUAUACAGCGUCAAGUUAGAGUUGAAGGUAUAAUGGAGCAUGUCACUAGAGAAACAAGCGAGCGUUACUACAAAACAAGACCAAGAGGGUCCAAGAUUGGUGCGUGGGCAAGUCCACAAAGCUCCAAGAUCACUUCAAGAGACGAUUUAGAUAAGUUGAACAAAGAAUAUGAGUUAAGAUUUAAGGAUUUGAAAGACGACGAAAUCCCAUGUCCCGAGUAUUGGGGUGGAAUUAGAAUUGUACCUUUGGAAAUUGAGUUUUGGCAAGGCGGAUUGAGUAGAUUACAUGAUAGAAUUAGCUUUAGAAGAGAUGAUGUGAAGACUCCAGAUUGGCAAAUAAUCAGGCUAGCUCCAUAA